AUGGCAAACUAUGCUGCUCAUAUUGUCGCGCUCCCACCUGAGAUCCUCGACAUUAUUGUCGCUAAUUGUCAAGACGGCGACCUUUCGAAUCUGCGCUUGUCCUGCAGAACCCUCAGCAGCCCGUCUACGCGACCCUUCGGCCGUCGUUGUCUGGCACAUCUCCGCAUUAUAUUUACCGAGCUCAGUCUUCAGGGCCUUGUCGAUAUUACUGCUCACCCGGUUUUCGGUACAUCCGUCCGUAGCAUCAGCUUUGGCACUUAUCGUCUGACGGGUUUGAAGUAUUUCAAGCUCUCUUCGGUCCCUGGCAAUCAUGCCUCGGACCUGAUUGUGAAGAAGCGACUCGCAAAGAAGCAGCAGGCUUUCAAUCGUUCGGGAGACCAGCUUGUCAUGCUCACAACUGCUCUCCAAAAUCUCAAGCUUCGCGGUGGUCCUAGUAUCGGAUUGAGGAUUCAUGAUGAUUCAAUGAGAAGCAAAGAACGAAGACCAAUCAUAAGAGCUCAUGGCUAUCACAGGGCGUAUGGCAAAUUCCUGCCUGAGAAGCAUGAGGUCGAGAAAACUUUGCUCACAUUGAUCGAUGCUUCAUCCUUGAGUGGAUUCAUGCCGGCUGCUUUGGACAUCGACAUGACAAGCGACUUUCAAUUGUUGAGAAAUUUAUUGUGCAACACAACUUUCAAAAACUUCAUCACCACAAAAGAGCAUUCAUUGGAUCCCCAGAUGGAUAUUUACAUCAAAUUCGACGAUUCAAAAACUCGCUUCACAUGCAUGUUUACGAGGAGGACGUGUCUUGAGUUGGAACCCCUUGGUAGCUACUACGGGAACUUCUAUCGUGCCUUGCAGCGUACAGCCAUUGUGGACCUGAAGAUACGAGACGCGACCUACUCGAGCAGUCUACCCCAUCUUGUCGAGUGUCUUGUCAGUUGGAAGAAGACAAUUCGAUAUCUAGACCUCUCUCGUGCUGUUGUGUUUGAGCGUCAGAUGACCGAUUUUGCUGCGACACUCUUCAGAUACAUGAGAGACGAUCUCGAGCUUGAAGUGCUUAAGCUACAUGACAUAAGGAUAUAUCCUUAUAACGGUAGUCAUCGGUGGUUAUUCAAUGAGCCGGCGAAGUGGCAUGGCAAGCAAGAGAUACGGGAGGGGCUCCAUAGAGUCAUUAGCGAGUUGAACACCGACACCGUGAGUUAA